AUGGCCGAAGCCACAUGUUCUCAGAAGCCUAGUCGAGAAGACACGUGUCAGCGCUGGUCCAAAAAGGAUGGAAAGUAUAUCACGGUUAGUCGACCUGCUAUCGUAAAAUCUUACAAUGAUAAAAUGGGCGGGGUAGAUCUUCACGAUUGGAUGAUUUCGUUUUAUCGAUUAGCAGCGAAAUCACAACAACUACUGGCUGCAUCGCGUGAAGAUGAAACGUCUUCCGAUGAUUCAGAUUAUGAACCUGUUGUGAAACGGGUUGCCCUUCCCAUUGAUUAUUAUCGCAAAGCAGAUGCUAAACACUUGCCACAAGCUUAUCCUGGAUGCACAAGAAAAACUCGUGUUCGGACGAUCUUAUCCUGA